AUGCCUGUGAAAGCAGCCAAAGAAAAGAGCCUGAAGGCUUUCGAUGGCUUGGUGGCCAUCCAGAACCCUCUGAGAUACACAAGUGUUUUGACCAAUGGGACGGUGAUUAAGAUUGGGGAGGGAGGCGCCAUCCGAUCCGUUUGCCUUGUCCUGCCAGGUCCCAUCCUUAUGAGUCUUCAGGAAAUUGGAAGCAUAAAUGUGCUUUCCUACUCCAUGUGUUUGCACCCGGAUCUCCUGAAGUUAGUUCAUUCAGAUAGAAGGAACAGCAGCGUCUAUGGUCUGAUACUUAUGCUCUCAUCCACAGGGGUGGAUUCAGUCCUGCUGGUCCUCUCCUACUUCUUGAUCCUCAAGACCUUCCUGGGAGUUGCCUCCAAGGAGGAAGGCUUCUGGGAGCUCAGCACCUGCGUCUCUCACCUCUGUGCAGUCUGUAGCUUCUACGUCCCCAUGGUUGGGCUCAGCAUGAUCCAUCGGUUUGGGAGGCAGGCAGGCAGACGCCCCCCCAUCACCUUCAUCCUCAUUGCCAAUGCUUUUUUAUUAGUGCCCCCUGUGACCAGCCCCAUUGUGUACAGUGUGAAGACCAAACAAAUCCGCAUUUGGAUCCUGAAGAAGUUUCAGAGGGAGAGAGAACUUGAAUCAGAAGCUCUGGUGCAGGACAGGAGACAAAGCUUGUUCGGUCAAAGUGGCCACCCACCUUUCUUGGUCUGA